AUGAACAUCUACCCUAUCCGAUAUACACCAUAUUUGAAUAAUUCGAGAAGAAGACAAAGAGUGAUUGACCCUAAUAGAGCGAAGAGUUCUCAAGGAAUGAGAUUGAAUUCUUCUAGUCAAUAGAGAUGUUCCACAUAACAAAGUCCUAACAGAACACCUAGUUAAGGCGAAUUGCAGCAAUUAGAAUUUUAACAACAGGCUGGGCCAAUUGCACAGAAUUACUAAUAAUUGUUUCUGUCAACUUAGAUCAAGAGAAGUCCUUCGUUUCGAUUGAAGAAUUAUCAUGCGGCUGAAAUAACAUCGAGUGCACAAUCAACUUCUUAAUAAAAGAGAUAAAAUGCAGUUGUAAGUGGAAAGUAAGGAAUUGUAUUAGAUAUUAGCAAAAGCAAGGAGGAUAGAAUAAAUAGAAUAAAUUUCUUAGGUGACUUAUUACAAUAAAUGGAGUAAAAUGGAUAAUAAACAAAGCAAUCCUUGUCAACAGAAAUGACCACAGUUCCUAAACCGAAAUUUGAAAUUCUGAAUACAAGAACAUUAACUGAAUAUGAAUAAAACAUAGAAGAAUUGCAUUUCUACCUUGUAGACUCCUAAUAAAGAACAAAGCAAUAUGCCUAAGUCAUUGAAAAGCAAAAAAUAAAUAAUUGA